AUGCAGGCAACUAGAAAGCGUCUUAGAGAAGAACAAAUAAAACAAGCAAGUACUAGAUACAGCAGUCCUCGCACACUGGGAAAGGCUGUGGCAAAAGUGAAACGUAAUCUACCAGCUAGUCCUACUAAAGCAUUUGAGGUAGCAAAAAAAAUAGCUGCAGAAUUCCAAGUUGCUGAAUCUGAAAAAAAUGAUUCGCCCGAAGCAGUGCCUCGAAAAUUGAUGGAUGACCUUUUGUGCGAACAGCGAACAAUAAAGAACUUUAAUAGGGAUGAUAUUAGUAGACAAAUGCCUGGGAUGAAAAAUGUGAAAACAAUCAAAUCCAAUACGGGAACGAAGUCACGAAUCCAGAAGAGAGCAAUGAUUAUGAGCAUUCAUGAAGCCUUCAAACGUUUUAAAGGAACUUAUCCCGAAACAUCUCUUGACAAAACUGUUUUUUAUAAAGAAAGACGUGGUCAUAUUCUGCCUAUCAACAGUACUCCUCAUAAUGUUUAUGUAUGUAUAGCUCACUCAAAUUACAAUAAUCUUCUGCACGCUAUUUCAAAACACGCGACAGACUUUCCAAAAACACACCAAGAUUUCUUAAAAAAGAGUCAUGUAGUGUACAGAAUGAAGAUUGCAUGUCCAACGGUUGUGAUGUAUGCAAAGAAUCCAUUUGGAUAUUCAACCCUAGAUUCUAAUCCCACUAUUAAUUGGAAGGCCUGGAUCUUUCAGAAUCAGAGACCAAAACAUUGUAAUUAG